UCUUCUUCCUUUUUCCCUGCACGAUACCCUCUCUCUCAUUCCUCUAUAUCUCCAUCUUUCUCUCCGUCCCUCUCUCUGGCCGUUGUGACUUCGUCUCCAAGAGGAGAAAAUUCCACUAGCUUUUGGACGUACACUUUGGUCACCUGCAUUACUUUAUGAUGUCAAACCUCAUUAGAACCCGAAGGGCGAUGACUUCUACACCUAGUCCGACAGCUACACCUAGUCCGACGACUACACCUAUUACUGCUGCCACUGCUCCGGCAGAGAUGAACCAUAGGCCGGUCAAUCCGGUUGACCCAGUUGAUCAUCCAGUCCCACAUGCGCAGGCAUCGUCUACUUCUUCAAUGGCGUUGCCUGCUAGCGCCCGACGUACUCACAGACGCCAUUGAAGAUGUCGCCAUCGGGAUCCACAACCGAUGCCUCAGCAAAGAAAAACACCAGGGGACCUUGUCGGCAAUUGAAGACUGCCAAGUUCACUCGGGUGGCCAUCCCAAUCAAAUACGAUGCGCGACAUCGGGCAACACCAAUGGCGAAGCAGCAUAGUUCAUUAGCCCAUGACAUUGGGCAUGUCGUGCGGACUUUUUGCCCUAUGCGGUGGAAGUCUUGGAAGGCAAUGUCGGAGGAGACAAAGAACACGGUGCGCAACCAAUUGUCCGUAAGUAGCGUUGCCUUUUUAAUGCUUUUCAUGUAAAAUUAUAUAUUUACAUUUAUUACUGUCUUUUAUUACUAAUACUUUCAAAAUAUUUGUUACAUUGUAAACAAACUACAAUUUGGAGGACCUGGACGAGGACAUGUUCGCGUACCUCAAUCGGCUCUUCUCUGAACGCUACAAGCAGUGGAAGAGUGACCUGCACCAAUGUUUCCAGCAAUUUGAUGAUCCGCAGGUCGCUCUCGAGGAGGGUUGUCCGAAGGAGUUGGAGGACCGACAAGAUAGUUGGGUUUGGCUUUGCGGUCAUUUUCAGGAGUCGGGCUAUGUGAAGAAGGCGAAGGUGAACAAGAUCAAUCGGGAGAAGAAGACUCUUCUCCACCAUUUAGGUUCAAGGCCUUUCUCUUAUAGGAUGGAGGCACAACGGAAGGAGGGUUCAAAAUUUCCAAAUAUCGACGUCCUUGCUGACGUUUAUGUUCGGCCUGGGAAUGAGUUGACCGAGUCCCUUCAUGUGACUAUGGUGGAGAAGAGUCAGUCGGUACUUCAAGAGUCCGCCUCCCAGCUUCCCUCGGACACGCCGAUUGAGUUUGUGGAUCCCCCUGAGGAUGCAGGGUUUCACAUCGUGAUAGAGACAUUGGACCAGACUUUAGGACGGAGGCCAAGGACUUAUUGUUGGGGGAUGGGAAAUGCCAGGCGGCGGAAGAGUAGAGCCUCGUCAUCCUCCUAAUCAAAGGGCCAAGUUACGGCACGCAAGAAGUCGCUAGCCUAAGGAGUGAGCUGGCAUUGUACAAGUCUCAAAUGUCAAUGCUUGUACAAGGAGAAUACAUCUCCUCAGUUUUUCUACACUAUCACCUUCACAGCCCUUCCACACCGAGCAAGCACAACAAGCAGGCCCGUCAACCUCCAACCCCAUCCCCAACCAGCAGCAAGAUCCUUUGAACGACAUUCCUAUAGAUUUUUCUGCUUUUUUUUCAUAGUUUUGUUCCUCUUUUCUUUUAAAACUUUAUA